UUUGGAAGAACUGCAAGCUACAGAUGAAAGAUGCGCAAAAAAUGAAACUCUAUUGUGGAAAUACCAUACAGAGAGGUUCCCACAGUGGAUAAAAGAUAAGAUACCUAAUAACUCGAAGGAACAUUUGAAAAGGCUGAGAUGGCUUGCUUUUGGACCAAGAAAUAUUGCUCACACAUACAAGGGAUAUGUAGUUAAUGGACAUCGAUACCAUUCUGAUGAUGUCAAGCGCAAUACACAGAACAGUGGGGUUACAUAUGAAGCAUUUUCAAUGUGUCGAGCUAGUGCUAAAGAUUCCAAGCAAAUGGCGGACAUGCUAGCUUACUAUGGAGUGAUAAAGGAUAUCAUACUGCUGGACUACCACAUGUUCCAAGUUCCCCUGUUUAAGUGUAGUUGGGCUCACAAAGGGAAAGGAGUUAAAGAGGAAGAAGGUUUCACACUUGUGAAUCUCAAUAUGAACCAGUCAUCAUUUGCAAAUGAUCCUUACAUUCUGCCAUCGCAAGCUAAACAGGUCUUCUAUUCAAGAGAAGAUGAAAGCUCACCUUGGUAUGUUGUUAUGCGGGCACCACCAAGAGGAUGCCAUGAGUUAGAGACAGAAGAGAGGUUCGAUUAUGAACCAUCGAUCCAGCCAAUUGAAGAUAUAGAAUAUCAAUCUGAUGACGAGAGUUUCUGUGUUAGGGAUGACUGUGAAGGUGUUCUUGUUGAUGUUUAAUACUAAAAAUUCUAGUUUUGUUUCAGGUAAUCUUCUAUGAUGAAAUCUCAAGCUGUUAAUGAUCAAAACCGUCGUAGUAGGCGCCAAGCAGGUAUUGAUGCGAGUCCUGUAGUGUCUUCAGUUCAUAAGAAACAAAAGAAGAAUGCUACAAAGGUUGAUGAAAGGGAAGAGAGUGUACACACAUUUGCUGCUAAAGAAUCGACUGAGGAAGAGGCACAAGACGUAGAAGUGGAUCAACAUUCACCAACUGAAGAAGAAGAACCCAUCCCAGCUUCAAGCAAUGGAGUCUCCAACACCUUUGACACUCAGACACAGCAAUCCGAGAACAAAAAAAAGAAGACAAGGGGUCCAACUAAAAUGAAGUGGCAAAAAAUGCAGAGGACAAGGUAGAUGUAGAGUUCAACUCCAUAGGUGAGCAUGUCGGUAGUGGAUCAGUGACACUCUCCUCCUUUCUUGGUCCUCUUGUGAGGGAGCAUGUGCCAGUAUUGCUAGAUGACUGGAGACACCUCGAAGAAAAGACAAAAGACGCUUUGUGGGAAGAAAUUCAGGGAAGAUUCAACUUGACAGAGAAUGGCAAAAAGAUGCAGUCUUUAAGCAGAUGGGUUGUUUGUGGAGGGCCUCAAAAUCUAGGCUCACUUCUAUAGUCCGAGCGACUAAAAACAAGGUUCAAAUACAUAAGAUUAAGCCUAGCAACAUCCAAUCUUCAUCUGCUUGGAACAGUUGGGUGAAAGCUAGAUGCACCACAUAUUUUAAGGCACAAAGUGAUAAAUACAUGACACUCAGGAAGAUUCAAAUUCCGCUCACAACAAACCGAAAAGGCAUGACUCGCCUAGCUCAUGAGAUGAAAAGAAACAGCGAUGAUCCUAGGAAAGUUACAAGAACUAGGGUUUGGGUAGCAGGACAUACACGUUCAGAUGGGAGACCCGUGAAUGAAGAACACACUGAAACUAUUGAAAAGAUUAAGACAAUUGACAGUGAAAUGGAUUCAAACUCCUCGGAUAACAUUGGAGAAGAUGCUGUAAGUCAAGUUCUUGGAAAAGAGAGACCAGGAAGAGUUAGGGGGAUGGGCAGAGGGGCUACUAUUACGAAGAUGGCUUACUUACAGGUUAGAGACUUACAUGUCCAGAAGAUUGAAGCUACGCAAGCGGAAUUAAUUACCAAGCUUGAAAAGUUGCAAAAUGUGGUUAUAGACUUAGCUGGUAAAAAGACACAAAAAGAAGAUGUUUCUAGUUCUGAAAGAAGCGAUGUUAGCAAGAGAGGAAUAAGGUGCCAGCUAUUGGAUUGGAUUUCGACUGAUGAUGUGGUUGUAGGUGAAGGAGAAUACUACUCAAGUGAACCCACAUAUAAGAUUGGUCGAAUUCCCCUGGGUCCUAAUGCGGCAGCUGUAGUUGUCAACUCUGUAACAGUCCAAGAUGCAUGUGUCUGGAGACCAACUACAAGUAUUGGAUCACUUGCUGAAGCUGUAGGAGUUAAAAUUGCAUGGCCAUCUGACAAGUUAAUAUUGGACGAUGAUAUUGACGUCUCAAAACAUGCUAACACUGUCAGGUCAGAGACUAUGGAUGCAUCAGUAGGAAGAGUACAAAUAUUUGAUUACUGGAAUGUAGAAGAUGAGUUGAUUGCUCAGGGUGUACUGUUGUCAACUGAACCUAACAAAUUGGUGAACGAUAUUCCGCUUGGACCGAAUGCUGCAGUUAUUAAAGUUGAAGUAGUUGUAAAAAAUUCUGCUUUCCUAUGGAGACCAGCGCCUGGAAUGUCAAAGAUGGGUGAUGCACUACAUGAGAUCAUUGCUUGGCCAAUUGAUAGGACACGACUAUCUGAUACUAUAGCUGAAUCAACCAAGAAAUCUAAUCAGAGUACUAGUAACAGCACUGGUAGUAGCAACAAAGUUGGUAAACAGAAGUGUGCUCUUUUGGACUGUGAUAACUCUGGACAGACAGUUGCCUGGGGUCGUGUGUUUUCAACAGAUCCAGCGGACAAAGUUCAUUUCAUCCCUUUAGGUCCCAAUGCUUCAAAGGUAUGGGUAGAGGUUUCCAAGAUCGAUGAUGCACGAGUGUGGAGACCAAACUCUGAAGUUGAAGUCAUAGCUGAUGCAGUAGGAAGAACAGUAGCGUGGCCUACUGAUAAGGUUGUUUUCAUAUGA